ACAUUUACCUCUAAAAUUAAUGUUUAUUUUUUAAAGAUACUACUAUUUAUUUUAGUAUAAAACGAAAACGAGUACACACAAGAUCAGAUAAAUUCGCGCGAAGGAUUAAGGGAGGGUGUGACAGGGUAAAUCAUUUUUAAGUAGGGACAAGAUAAUGAAAUGGUUCAAAAACCUAUCCCAACUCUAAUCAUCAGUUGCGUCCCGUCAUCGAUAGUGUCACUUCUUGGUUAAAAUGGCUCAAACGCCUUUCUACCGCUGGAUCGAUUCUUGCACCACCGACAACGAUUUCCCUUGCACGGCUUAUCCAAUCGGUGCCGAUUCCAGCGGUCAUAAUGUUUACGUAGGCAGAACACACUUUGAGCAAGUUUUGGGCCCAGUCACCGUCGUUCCAGAGCUCAAAAAAGCCUCUCUGCCUGGCAAUGGGAAAGAGCAUGCCAUUGAGAAAUAUCAACUUUUAUGUAUGAACCAUUUUCAAUGGCUGCCCAGUCAUGACGGCAAAGUACUUCCAGGGGCGAUACAAGGUGGUUAUAAUAAGGAUGGUAUACCUCUGUAUAUAGGCAGAGUGUGCCAUGAGGGGUCCUGGAUUGUAGGAACGAUACAUCCAAAGUAUGGGGUUUGCUAUUAUCCUUACCAGGGCAAAGAGUUAUCAACGAAGCAGUACGAAGCCCUGGUCUCCCACUUCUAUCAGGUGUAGAUGUGGGUUUCUAUUAUCAAGAAAGUAAUUUCGACUACGAAGAAUGAGCAUCCUUUCUGCAUUAUUUAGUUUUGUAUUUGUUUGUAGCACAGCUUUAAUGUCGUGUCAAUAUACUUAUUUCUACUACAUAGAAA